AUGUCACAACGUUCACCCAGAUUUGUCGUAAAUCGAAAAGCCUCCCGCAGAAAGAGGAGUAGCAAGGCAUGUCUCCUUUGUCACGAUCGGAAAAUCCGAUGCGAUGCGGCAGGAGGCAGACCAUGUACGAAUUGCAGAUGGUUCAAGCACGAGUGCAUCAUUCCCAAAAACAAAUACGAAAAACGAGAGCGCGAAGGGGAUACCAGCAGCCGGAAAUCCACGCCUCAAUGGUCACGAAAGGAGGAUAAGGCCCAAGAUAGCAACGCCUCUGCAGACGACCACCAAGCUGAUCUGGUAGAUGUGUUAACCUGGGAAGAGCUGAACUGGUCCGGUCCUAUCGUUUCUCCAGAAUCUCGGGGACAUAAUCAGAUGGGUCUUGAUGUUGAGGUUCAAAACGUGACGCUGCCGCAGUAUAUCAGCCCAUUGCUGCUGAGACUCUCUUCAGCGGAUCGGGACUGUUUGCGGGUGAAGGGUGCUUUGAAUAUUCCGGAGGCUGAGCUACUGGAUGCGCUUCUGGAAUGCUUCGCACUAUUUGUCCACCCCUUCUUGCCCGUCAUUGAUCUGGGCGACCUUUACUCGAGAAUAGAGAGUAAUGGUCGCACUGGCACCGUCAGCCUAGUGUUGCUCCAGAUGAUGAUGUUUGCUGCCACUGCGUACGUGGACAUUAGUAUGCUCAACAAAUACGGAUAUCAUAGCGCAAAAGAGGCGCAACUAGAGUUCUUCAACCGAGCACAACUACUCUAUUCCCUCGACUGUGAGCCUGAUCGACUCGCCGUGUUACAGUCGGUAAUUUUGAUGACCCUCCGGCCUGACAAUCCCGACCUUAUAAUGCAAACCAGACACCAUCUUACCGUUGCCAUGACUCGUGCACAAUUAAUCCACCAAGAUCCAACGAUGGAGAUCCCCCAGAGGCUAUGGAAGCGCAUCCUGUGGACUUGCUAUAUGCGGGAUUGUAUCCUAGCGAUUUCCUUCCGGACACCUAUGAUAACCCGGUACGAGGAAUUUGAUAUCCCCCCGCUGGAGCUUCAGGACUUUGAUGCAAGAUCUUGGCUGCGAGGUGUUCACUGGAUAUCGCGGUGUACUGGGACACCAAGGGGGGACGUCUUUAGCGUUCACGCACUUCCCAAGUUGUGUAUUGCUUUGGCAGAAUGUUGCCGGCGCAUCUCAUAUGGCUUAGACUGUCAAUACGGGGCCCAGCCAAACGAAGAUGGCUUCGAACUCGAACCAGUCAUGCAGUCGCUGGUCGAUAUCCCGGGCUCGAAAUGUGCUGUGGUCUCACAGUGUGUCGAGGAACUCGAAAGAUGGUAUAACGCACUGCCUCGGGGCCUGCAAUGGUCAAAGCCACCAGUUCUACGGGAGACGAGCGGCAGGUUCAGCAAUACUAUUAUCCUUCAUCGCGCUAUUCUCCAUGGGGUUUGGCUUGCUGCGAAGAGUGCGCUGUGCCAUGCUGGGCUUGCAUGCGAAGAGACCAUCCCGACGCUGAAGUUUGAUCUGGAACACUCCAUUUCCGACGUUUCUUCGCGCAUCAGGUCUAUGUUCUACCAGUUAAAUGCGAACGGGCUGACCAGGUACUUACCCGACGCCGCAAUUGCACUGCUGAAAUCAGCGAUGACUGCCGAAACGAGCUACGAAACAGGCACUUCAGCCGGUGGGUCAGUAUCCCAACACGCUUUCUGUUUACCUCGUGAUGCGACGAUUCCAGCAUGGUCGACCCCGAUAUCAGGACGCAAUCAUGAAUGGGACCAUGCAGUAGCACACGGCGCAACUACCUCUUUUCUCUCCUCUGUUAAUCUGAUGCCCGAGGAACGUGCGCUUCUAUUGCAGCUAUCCAGUGCGUCCGGAUACAUGGAUUCACUUGUUCCUACAGCAUAUUUUUAG